AUUUUCCGUCGCAUUACCCCCUCGCUCUCUCUCUCCUCUCUCUCUCUCUCCCCACCUCGAUCUCGAUCGAAACCCUAGAAAUCGGAUCCCCCCUCGCCAUUGCUCUCCUCGAAGAAGAAGAAGAAGAAGAAGAGGAAGAGGGGGAAGAAGAGGUGGACGACGAUGUUGAGGGUCGCAGGGAGAAGGCUCGCCUCCGCCCUCGCAUGGCGCCCGAGCACCGCCUCCUCCGUCCUCGUCUCCCGCAACCCCAUCAACGCUUCCGACCCGCCCCCUUUCUCCGUGGACGAUUCGAGCUCGCGCGACCUCUCGAAUCCCCUCAUCGCCUUCCGAUCCGGGCUGCUUGGUGCUCCGAGAGCUGCAGGCUUUGCCACUGAAACCCUUGUCCCAAGGCAUGGGGGGGACCUCGGCCUGGCCGACCUCCCAGCAACUGUGGCAGCUGUGAAGAAUCCUAGUUCCAAAAUCACUUACGACGAGCACAACCACGAGCGGUACCCUCCCGGCGAUCCCAGCAAGCGCGCCUUUGCCUACUUCGUCCUCACCGGUGGCCGCUUCGUCUACGCCUCCCUCCUCCGCCUCCUCAUCCUCAAGUUCGUCCUGAGCAUGUCCGCCACCAAGGAUGUGCUCGCCCUCGCCUCCCUCGAAGUCGACCUCUCCAACAUCGAGCCUGGGGCCACCGUCACCGUCAAGUGGCGGGGCAAGCCCGUCUUCAUCCGCCGCCGCACCGAGGAAGACAUCAAGCUCGCGAACACCGUCGACCUGCAGUCCCUUCGGGACCCGCAGCCGGACGCAGAGCGGGUGAAGAAUCCCGAGUGGCUCAUCGUCGUCGGCGUGUGCACUCACCUCGGCUGCAUCCCGCUCCCCAACGCGGGCGACUUUGGAGGCUGGUUCUGCCCCUGCCAUGGCUCGCACUACGACAUUUCCGGAAGGAUCCGGAAGGGCCCCGCGCCGUACAACUUGGAGGUACCCACCUACACCUUCGUGGAUGAGAACAAGCUGAUUGUCGGUUGAUCUUACUUAGCCUACCUACACCAUCACUAUGUUGAGUAGGUGAAUAUGUUUUCCUUCUUAAGACCCCUUUUUGCAUGCUUGAGAUAAUGAACCCUUUGGCUCUCUCUUUUUUAAAACAUUUUUAAAUAUAUAUAAGCCAGUGUUAUUCUGGUUUUGAACUCUGGAAUAAGUGUUGUCUCAUGUUUCUGGCAUAUUGCAACUGUGGUAAUUAUCAAUCACAAGUGUUUUUGUAUUUAUGUUUUAGAUGUUUAA